AUGCACACGUGGAGCACAUAUUAUGCACUGGCAAACAGACUCAAACGCUGCGGUAACACUGCAGGUGUGUUUCCUUGGUUAAUAGCCCAAAGCGCAACCUUCGUGAAUGCUACAAAUACAGGCAAAACAGAGCAUCUCAAGCUCCUGUACUGCCACCUCGUGGCUGACGCAGGUAUAACCUCACCGUGUCGUGGAGCGGAGAGGAAAUGGUACCUUCUUUUGAGAAUUGGAUCCCACGAUACUGUAGUGGUUGAAUUUGAUUAUGUCCACAUGUACUUGAGAAUAAGAAAAGGACGCAGCACAGAAGGAGAAAAUGUAGUAAACAGUCUAAGCACCGUGGUCUUCCCUAUCACGCCUCUCUGUGACCCCCACCGCGGCAGGAACCAGAGGCGGCGCUCGGAGCUCCGCCCCGGCAGCGCAGUCCAGCCCGGCCCUGCUGCCACCACCCCGCCCCAAUCCCAGAAGCCCCCGGGCAAGAUGGCGGCGCCCAUGCUGCAGCGGAGGUGCGGUCGGGCAGCGGGGCUGUGGGGUGGCCUGUGCGGUGCCCCCCCGCCGCUCCCGCUCCGGCGGCGAGUCCACGAACAGGCGCGGCGGGCCCGGGGCGCCGGUGGCCUACUGGCGGCACAGUGUGAGCGCGGCCUCUUCCAGGAGGUGUUCCCGGCGCAGACCGCAGAGGAACAGUUGCCGGAGCUGCUGGAGCCGGGCCGUCCGCCCCUCACCGCCUACUGCGGUUUCGACCCCACGGCCGACUCGCUGCACGUCGGGCACCUCUUGGCCGUCAUGGGACUCCUCCACUUCCAGCGCGCCGGCCACAAUGUCAUCGCAGUGGUGGGCGGGGCCACGGCGCGCCUCGGGGACCCCAGCGGGCGGGAGCGCGCGCGGGAGCCGCUGUCGGCGGAGCGGGUGCGGGCGCACGCGCGGGGUCUGCGGGCCGGCCUGGAGCGCCUGUUCGAGAACCACCGGGAGCUGUUCUGGCCGGCAGGCGCCGGGCGGCUGGGGGAGGCCGCGCUGCUGGACAACGGCAGCUGGCUGGGCCGGCAGCCGCUGCUCGACUUCCUCAGCGGGGCUGGCGGGCGGCUUCGAAUGGGCACGCUGCUCAGCCGGCAGAGCUGCCAGGCGCGGCUGCGGAGCCCCGAGGGCAUGAGCCUGGCCGAGUUCCUCUAUCCGGCGCUGCAGGCUUACGACUUCCUCCACCUGCAGCAGCACCACGGUUGCCGCAUCCAGCUGGGAGGCGCCGACCAGAUGGGCAACAUCAUGUCCGGCUACGAGCUCGUUACUAAGAUGACAGGAACAGAUGUUUUUGGAAUUACUGUCCCGCUUAUUACCAAUACUACUGGAGAUAAGUUGGGAAAGACUGCUGGCAAUGCAGUUUGGCUAAACAGAGAUAAGACUUCUCCAUUUGAACUGUAUCAGUUUUUUGUCAGACAACAAGAUAACAUCGUUGAAAAAUACCUGAAACUCUUCACCUUCCUUCCUCUUGAGGAGAUUGACCACAUUAUGGAAAUGCAUGCUAAAGAACCUGAAAAAUGGGCCCCUCAGAAACGACUGGCUGCAGAAGUAACCAAGCUCGUUCAUGGAAGAGAGGGGCUAGAAUCUGCCAAGAGGUGUACUAAAGCCCUUUACUACAGCAGUGUGGAGGCACUGGAAGCUAUGUCUGACCAAGAGUUACAGGAACUUUUUAAACAAGCUCCUUCAGCUGAACUGCUGCUUGAACCUGGAAUGAGCGUUCUUGACUUGUGUCGCAAAGCAAAUGCCAUUCUAGAUGGACCUAGUGGGUACCAGAAAAUCACAAAUGGUGGAGUUUCAAUAAAUGGGAUGCGAGUAACUGAUCCUGAGGCUGUUCUUGUUCUUGGGCAGCAUAUUCUCAAGAAUGGAGUGUCAUUGCUUAGGGUUGGAAAGAAAAAUUACUACAUUAUAAAAUGGCUGCAGUUGUGACAGCAGAAUGCCUCCCUAAAAAUGAUGCAUCGUUUUGACUCAGCUGCUCAGAGGCAUACUUGAUGUUUCUAUACUGUGCACUACAAGGUAGCUCACAGACUGCCCAGUACCACAGUGUCAUUCUCAAAACACACCAAGAGUUCAAAUAAAGGCAGCUAAGUUAUACCUCUGAAGAGAAUUUUAGAUACUCUGCCUUUUCAAAGCAUCAUUCAUAAGAGGAUAUGCACAAGAAGAUGAAAGGAUUAAUUUCCAAGCCUGAAGAUGGAGAUGCCUUUCCUCUCUUUUAAGCUGCUGCGUUGUAGAACAGUGGCCCUAUAUGUUACACCAUAACCUACUGCAAGAUGGGCAAAAGCAUCAACAAACCCAGUACUUCUUACAGAGCAUGUAUGCUGCUGUCCAGUUUGACUUCAUUCUAACAGAAGAAACCUGCCUGAGUGGGUAAGGACAAUAA